AUGGCCAUCGACCGCUUGACACUGGGUCUCGAUCGCUCUUCCAAGUACAGCAUUGUGAAGAAAUGGAAAGUGGCAGAUCUGGCACUCUGUGUGGUGUUCUACGUGAUCAAUCUAUCCAUUGCUUAUGGCAAGCCGUUUGAACGCCAAUUCUAUCUGGGAGAUCCCACCAUUUCACAUCCACAUGCAGGAACACAGCGGGUGGGUAAUACAGCACUGUUUGUUUACAGUAUGGUGGUGCCAGCGGCCAUUAUCGUGGCAGUUUCUCUUCUAAUGGGGGAUCCUAAACAUAGAACGUAUUUGACCUAUAUCUCGCUUCUGGGACUUGUUUUGUCCUGGACAGCGACCAAUCUACUUACGGACUUUUUGAAGAACUGGAUAGGAAGGCCGCGUCCGGACUUUUUGGCUCGUUGUGUACCCAAAGAGGGAACUCCGCUCAACUUGUUGGUGAGUGCCUCUGAAGUGUGCACCACGAAUAAUUUGAGCCGUCUGAGAGACGGCUUCCGCUCCACACCAAGCGGACACUCAAGCGAAAGCUUUGCUGGUCUCGGAUACCUCUCUCUUUGGCUUGCCGGCCAGCUGCUGGUGGAAAACCCCGGCGUGAGCCAUAUCAGAAGAACUCUGGCUACGCUACCAGCAAUUGGUGCUGCAACUAUCGCGAUCUCAAGAACCGAAGACUACAGACACCAUUUCGUUGACGUAGUUUUAGGUAGUGCUAUCGGACUGUACAUUGCCUACAAAGUCUAUUUUGCUACUUUCCCGGCACUGUCCAACGAGCUCUCUUUCAAGCCUCUUCUGGACGAUAGCGAUGUUCAGCUAUCAUCCACAGUCCUAGAAAGGGUUGCUGAUGAGGAAUCGGCACCACUUACCGCGACCUAA